GUCGUCCCCGGUUGGGCAGAAGAGGGCAGGCAGAGAAGGCCUAGGUGUGGUUUCUGGGGGCUGGCAUGAGUUGGGGGCACGCCGAUCCCAGAGGGGGAAAAGGAACCAGAGAAUCCCUGUGAGCCUGCAGGGGGAAACAGCUCGGCGAGCGAGAAAGUUGCCUCUCCAAAGGAUGUGUUUAGCAAGUGAAAGCAAAGGGCACUAGAUGGAGAGGCAGGCCUGGGGGUGUCCACAGCCCCGGGAGGGCCAGCCGCGUGUCCACCGUCAAGGGAGGAGCCUGGGUGUGUUUGUGGAGCGCUGAAAAGCCGGAGGGGUGUGCUGGCACAGUGGAGGUGUUGCUGCCCCGACGGGGGAAAGAGGCGAGCUGGACAUUGCAAGGGGCGGCCAGGCCGUGGGGUGGGAGAAGGGAGAGCUUGCUAGGAGUCGGCAGAUCUAGGGCAGGGAAGAGUGUGUUUGUGUGCUUGUGUGGGAGGGGUGAAGGCUGGGCUUAGCAGGCACUUUCAGCUUUUGCCAAUACUCCAGGACAACACCGCAGGCCUGUGUGGAACCUGUGGCUGCACGUUCCAGAGUUAGCCAGACUUUCAGCUCCAUCUGGAGCAGCUGGGAGGCUCCAAGAAGCCGGGUUGACCACCCAGGAAGGAGAUGAGCGUGCUCCCCCCAGGGCAAGGGGGGCCCAUCCUGGACUAGUUUCCAGCGGCUCCAGCCAGCCGUUGCUGGAUGCCACUGGGGGUGUGGUGGCCCCCGACCCCCCCGGCCCCCCUGCCAUGGCCGCCGAGGUGCGGCUGAAGAAGCUGGAAGAGCUGGCGUUGGACCGGAGCGUGGUGGGCCUGGAGACCUUGGUGGAUCUUCUCCUCUGUGUGCACCACGAGUUGAGCACGUCGCCUCUGGCCCAGGAGAAGUACAUCAUGGAGUUCUUGCAAUGGGCGGAACCGGUGACGGCUCGACUGAAAGAACUUCAGUUGCAACGGGAUGACUUUGAGAUCCUGAAAGUGAUCGGCCGAGGUGCCUUCAGCGAGGUGGCAGUGGUGAAGAUGAAGAGGACUUCUCAGGUGUACGCCAUGAAAAUACUGAACAAAUGGGACAUGCUGAAACGGGGCGAGGUUGCCUGCUUCCGGGAGGAGAGGGACGUCCUGGUGAACGGAGACAAGCGAUGGAUCACGCAGCUGCAUUUUGCUUUCCAAGAUGAGAACUACCUGUAUCUAGUGAUGAACUACUAUGUCGGCGGCGACCUCCUGACGCUGCUGAGCAAAUUUGGGGACCGCAUUCCUAUGGAGAUGGCUCGAUUCUACCUGGCUGAGAUGGUGAUGGCCAUAGAUUCCAUCCACCGCAUUGGCUACGUGCACAGGGACAUCAAACCAGACAACAUCCUACUGGACCGCUGUGGACACAUCCGGCUGGGGGAUUUUGGCUCCUGUCUUAAGCUCCGUGAAGAUGGAACGGUCUGCUCGACGAUAGCAGUGGGCACUCCGGAUUACCUCUCCCCUGAGAUUUUGCAGGCGGUAGAAGACGGUGCGCAUUCCUAUGGCACAGAAUGCGAUUGGUGGUCUUUGGGGGUGUUUGCCUACGAAAUGUUCUUUGGCCACACGCCUUUCUUUGCCGACUCGGUUGUGGAAACGUAUGGCAAGAUCAUCCAUUUCAAAGAGCAUUUCCGGUUCCCGCUGUCUGCGCCGGAAGUCCCGCAAGAAGCCCAGGCCUUAAUCGAAGGGCUGAUCUGUCCUCGAGAGGUGCGGCUGGGAAGGAACGGGAUCCGGGACUUCCAGGAGCACCCCUUCUUUGUCGGUGUGGACUGGGAGGACCUGCGGAACUGCACGCCACCGUUUGUGCCAGAAUUCGCCAACUCCACGGACACCUGCAACUUCGACGUGGUGGACGAUUGUCUCACUGACAUGGUGAGCGGGGGAGGGGUACGUGACCUUUUCUUUCCCCCCUUUUCAUCCCUUGGGCCUUUCUGA